UCCUGCUUACUCUUACCCGACUUACAUCAAGUGGUCCUUGUUUAAGUUAUAAAUUGUAAAAUUUAUCAAUCAAUAAGCGAUUGACAACAAUGACGUAUGUGUAUUCCGAUAGUAUGAAUAUUUUAUGAUCAAAUAAUUAGUGAACUACUGAUAAAAAUCAAUUAAACUUCAGUUCAGACGUUAACACUUAGAGAGUUGUAACUGUUGCUUGAGAUUUGGCUUCUAAAGACAAGAUGAAUCAAUUAUUUUUGAGCGCCGAACAUGUCCUGCAAGGAGGGUACUUUCACUCGACUUUGAGGAAAUUACAAGAGCCUAAUACCAGUAUCGAGGCGCAUAAUAUUAUGUACCCCGUGUUCCUGCUGGAAGAUGACAAUCUCAUUCAGCCAGUGGCUAGCAUGCCUAAUGUGUGCAGAUAUGGACUGCACCCACUGAUCUCCCACCUGGAGGAACUAGUCGAUAAAGGUCUCAAUUCCAUACUUAUCUUUGGAAUUGUUACAGCUUUGCCAAAGGAUGCCUCAGGAUCUAGUGCAGAUUGUCCAGAGAAUCCGGUAUUGAAAGCCCUUCCUAAACUGAGGGCAAAAUUCCCAAAUCUACUGAUAGCAUGUGAUGUCUGUCUUUGUCCAUACACUUCUCAUGGCCAUUGCGGACUCCUGACUCCCAACGGAGCCAUAGACCAUGCUGCAUCAGUUAGAAGGAUUGCUGAAGUUGCACUAGCUUAUGCUAAAGCGGGUGCACAAAUUGUUGCUCCGUCUGAUAUGAUGGACAACAGGAUCAAGGCUAUCAAGGAUGCCCUGGUGUCCUGCAAGCUGCAGAAUACUGUGUCAGUGCUCUCCUAUUCAUGCAAGUUCGCUUCAGCUAUGUACGGUCCCUUCCGAGACACUAUGAAAAGUGCUCCGAUGGAAGGUGACAGGAAAUGCUACCAGCUGCCUCCAGGCAGUGCAGGACUCGCUGCCAGGGCUGCUGCUCGAGAUGUGGCUGAAGGUGCAGAUUUCCUGAUGGUGAAGCCAGGCCUGCCGUACCUGGACAUAGUGAGGCAGACCAAGGACAAGUACCCGUACCAUCCUCUGUUCAUAUACCAGGUGUCUGGUGAAUACGCAAUGAUCUGUCGCUGUGGGGACAGCUCAGAGGUCCAAACAAUCCUUAUGGAGACAUUGACAAGCAUGCGUAGAGCAGGAGCUGAUUGCAUCAUCACAUACUUUGCGCCAUUAAUUUUAAACAUGAUAAACAAGAAACAAUAAAAGGACUUCUUUGUGUAGCAAAUUUUAUGAUCUGUGGGGUUGGGAAUAAUAAUUAUGUUGUUCUUUUUUUAUUUUUUUUUACUUUGCUCAAGUGUCAUUAUAAUUUUUUUUAAGUACAGACUACCAACUGUUGUCGUAGUUUUUAAGUUGCAAAACAUGGGUUGUUGUUAUUAUUUUACUGUUUACUAUAAUUGUUAUAGAUGUGACAUUAUAAAGUACCUAGUUAAGAUUUAACUGUAAGACUUAUGAGGAUGUAAUGUGAUAGAAAAUGAAAUAAAUUAUACGUAUUUA